AUGUCACCUUCUGGAAUAACAGGACUUUACCAACCUGAGUCUGGGUGCAACACCAGGGCAGGGAGUCCACGGGAGAGAGUCCACGGGAGGAGUCAACGGGAGAAGUUAACGGGAGGCGUCAACGGGAGGCUUCAACGGGAGGCGUCAACGGGAGGCGUCAACGGGAGGCGUCAACGGGAGAGAGUCCAGGAGAGGAGGGAAAGAGUCCAGGGAAGAGUGUCCGGGGGGGAGUCCAGGGGAGAGAGUCCAGGGAAGAGAGUCCAGGGAAGAGUGGCCGGGGGGGAGCCCAGGGGAGAGAGUUCAGGGAAGAGUGUCCAGGGGGGAGUCCAGGGGAGGGAGUCCAGGGGAGAGAGUCCAGGGGAGAGUGCCCGGAGGAGUCCAGGGGAGAAAUUCACCCCUGAACGUUCUCCCCUGGACAUUCACUUCGGCUCUCUCCCCUUGGACUCUUUCCUCUGGUCUCCUCCCCUGGACCCUCUUCCCCCUGGAUCCCCCGCCCUGACUCUCCCACCUCUGAACUCUCUCUCCAGGGGAGGGAGUCCAUGGAAGAGUUCCUGGAGGGGGGAGUACAGGAGGGUUAGGGUUAGUCCCUCCUGGACUCCUCCUCUGGACUCGUCCCCUCAACUCUUCCUCUGGAAUUUUCCCUUGAACUCCCCCUCUGGACUCCACCCAACCUGGACUCUGUCCCCAGGACCCCCUCGUACUGUCCCCCUUCAGAACUCUCUCUCCAGGGGAGAGCGUCGAGGGAAGAAAGAUCGGGGGAGAAAGUCCAGGGGAGAGAGUCCAUAG